AUGGGCUGCGGCGGGAGCCGCGCCGAUGCCAUCGAGCCGCGCUACUACGAGAGCUGGACGCGGGAGACCGAGUCCACUUGGCUGACCAGCACGGAUGCCGAGUCCCAGCCGCCGCCGCCGCCUGCCAUCGACGCGGAGAGCGGCAACGCCGCCCCUGGACCGAGGAAUCCCGGGACUUUGGAGGAUAGCCAAUCAACGCAGAGAUGUACUGCAAAGUCCUCAACUUCAAGUGGAAUACCUACUGCUGAAAAGAGUGCUCACUGUGGUACACAGUGUCCAAAACUGGCAAUUCAUACCACUGGAACUUCAGCACAGAAGCAACAAAAUGGCUUAGGAAACAUGGAGGCUAACUGGGACAACAAAAAAGCCACAAAAGACAUCACAGUUAAUUCCACCAAAACAAUUAGACAAAUUAAUGGCAACAGAAGAAUGACAAAGAACUGUGUCAAUUAA